GAAACGACGAGCAUCAACUGAGUUAGAGGAUGAUGGUGUUGGCCCAUUGGAAACCCAUUAUGAAGACUAUAAAGAUCCUAAUUCAAAUGUAUUUGUUUUUCGCGCUCCUCCUAUCUCAUCAAGACUCAAGCGUUUAAUGAGAUUGGAUUUCAAUUUUCCAAUUGAAAAUCCGUUUGAGUUUAUAGCAAUUGCAACUGCAGAUCCAGAAAGUCUAAAGCCAACUAGGCCAUCAAAUAGGCUUCCUGCUUUUCCUGUUAUUUUUCCAAAAACGGGCGGUUUGAUGACAGAUUUUUUGUCUUGGUUUCCUAUGGCAUCAGGUAUGGGCGAAUUAUUGGAAUUGAAAUAUGAUGGAAAAGUGAGAUCUAAGUUAUCAGCUAGAUUCGGUAUUGCAACAAUUUUAACACACUAUAAUCAAGAUAUACCUAAAUACGAUCCGAAUCAAUCACUUUUUAUAAAUUACUGUGAUGUUAAAGACUUAUAUGGGGAUCAUGUUGAAUUCUCUGAAGAACGUUGGGAUCAUUCAAAAGUUCAAGAACGUUUUAUGCUGGCAGGUGAUUUGUAUAUCAAACAACAUUGUUCAACGCCUGAUUACACAUUGCACACUGAUAUAUCUUUGGCAUUUGCUCGUUUUAUAUUCAUGUGCACUGGAAGAAGACCCAAUGAAGAAUGUUGUCAACUUAUUACUACCUUAUGCCAAACUCGUGAUAAGUUCUCAUUCAUUACUGAUGAUAUGAAAUACUGGGAAGAUGUAAAUGCUCUGAGUGAAUCAGAUAAAAUGGCAAUAUUUACCGAAUUGGUUAAUAACAAGUCACAAUUGAGUCUUGUUUUUCAAAUUUUAUUGGAUCGUCUUAAUACAUAUGGAUGGUUUACACUGCAUACAGUGUUGGAUGCGAUUAAAAAAUUUCCAGCUAUACCUUGGCUCGAUAUCUCUCAACGAUGGUUUAGCGGUCAAUUAGAAAAGUUCCAAGAAGCAUGCAUAGCAUUCCAAAAAUCAAAAUUUGCUGUCCUUGAUAAACAACUCGUGAUUAAACAUGGUUUUCUCCGAUAUAAAGAAUUAGUCGGAUUCUGUUCACAUUUGUUGACUAAGGCAGGUGUUAAGAGAAAGAUUUUCUUUCGUACGAAAUUAACUGAGGAGCAGCACAUUUAUAUUGAGAGUAUAUUGACUCAUGGAAUUAAUGAACCCAUUCCGAUGGAUGAAAGUUUAUUACGCGCUAUCAACGGAAUUCCUGGUAUUGAAAUGUCUGAUGGUGAAAUUUCAGAAUUCUUAGCUCGUAUUAAAAAAGAAGUUGAGGAAUAUGAUGAAUUUUUGAAAGAAUUCAAUAGAAAAUCGUUAUUCGAACAGAACGAUAUAGCAGUGCAGGAUUCAUUGAACUAAUUCACUCAUUUGAACAACCUGUGUCUCACUAAUCAACAUUAUAAACAGUAAAAAUAUUGAUUCAUUA